AUGUUCCGAGAUGAGAGCAGUAAAGUGAUUCAGAAAGCACAUGCUCAGUGGGGGGCAGCAGCAACACCACCGUCGGCCGCCUCUGCAUCAGCACCGUCAAGCUCGGCAUCAUGGACCUCGUCGCCGACGGGUACGUAUGAAUCGGGGAGCCCAGUGACAGACAACGCAACCUCCCCUGCCGAGUUCGUACUGAGCAAGAAUAUGGAGUUGUUAUCUCCAAAACUACAGGCGAGGGUGGAACCUACCAUCGAUCAGCGUGGUCUUCAGUUUUUCGUUGACCAGUAUCUCAUGAAGACUCCGGACGCCCCCUCACUCGGCCGGCAUCUGGCCGUGUAUAGUGGUAGCUCCGAGGCGAUGCAGACAAUCAUGAUCGCCGUUGGUCUUGCUGGGCUGUCACACAAACAAGGUGACCGGGCAAUGAACCUAGUGGCACGCCAGAAGUACACCACAGCAAUGAAACAGACCCGCCAACUCAUUGCAACGGGCCCGAACGAUGCCGUCAGUGUGAUGGCACCGCUUCGUGCUGUCGUCUCGUUGGCCAUGUUCGAAGUCGUCCAGGGGAAGGGUUCGAAAUUAUCCACCGGAACAGCAAACAUCCAUAUACUGGGUGCAAUUGCCUUGCUGAGAAAUGUAGUGCCAAAAUCCCAAAUGCCCAUCUUUGGUGCAAGGGCUAUACUGCAGCUUAUGUAUUCUUUGUUGAUUCCUUCUCAAGUGACAGACGAGCCACUACCAGCACUGUUCUUUGACGCCAUGGACAUGGUCCGACAUAUUCUGCCUCCACAAGAGCACUCUACCUGCGAUCUCGCUGUGGGCAUCGCUGAAGUUUUACAACUACUUGCACUUUCUAAGAGCGCUCUGCUUUCAGAUGGAAAUCACGAAACUGACAAAAUACUCGAACAGCUACUGAAAAUGGACGUCAUAAUGAGUGGUCUCGAACAGAGGCUGCAGGACUCAUUUCCUUUCACGAUAGAAAAUGCUCCUAAAGGAUACCCACCGGAAGCCGUCUUCAAGGGCAAAUAUCACAGAUAUGUCGAAAUCGAAGCGGCACGUCUCUGGAACCACCUCCGCUGGGCACGAAUAUUAGUUGCCCAGCGAAUUCUUGAGAUGGAAAAGGAAUUCCCGUGCUCGUACUCGCUGAUGGUCUCUCCUUCACAUACAGAAACGUGUUACAGCACUUCGCUACGCAUGGCCGAAGACAUCAUCACGAGCACACCGUCGCAUUGGCACCAUCCCGUAUUGUCCGAAACACAAGCGAGGACAAUAGCUGCCGUUGGGAAGGGAGGUACUGGCGCCGCGGGUCUUCCAGGACUUUUGUGGCAUCUGAAGAUUGCGGGCUGUGCUCCCGGGGUCCCGACAGAAUUCUGGGACUGGUCAUACGCAGUGGCGCAGAUCGUGUGGAGGACUAUGGGUAUGCAGCACGCCCUUGCCCUUUCCGAGGUGAUGGAGGGGCACCGUGCCGGAGUGGAAAAGGAGGCUAUAGAUCGCCUCAUCAAGGUGGAACAGGACGACUGGCAAUGA